AUGGCGCCCGACUCCACGCCCAACCCCGACCUCCAUCCGGUGGUUCGCAACGCUCUCCGCAUUUCCCUCAGCGCCAAGGAAUACAAGCUGCUCCACGAUUCCGCCAUCCAGCACUCCCCUUCGGCCAUUCGGAAUAAGCUCCCUUCGCCCUCUAGGUUUGAGGCUAUCGUUCGCUCCAAAAAUAAACACAAUGAAGCCGCGGUCCGGGCCUCGUUACGCGUUUUGGUCCUAUCCAGCUCCCUGUUGAAACUCGUUGACAUCGUGACCGAAAGGGUCCGCGGUGACCUAUCCAAGAAGACAGCAUCGCGCACCUCCCUUGUGCGCUCCCCCAAUUUCCGCCUCUCCGUCUCGCUAUCGCUGCUUCUUCUCUUCCACCGCUUCCUCUAUCGCUUCUUCGUCAAGCUGCGCGCAAACCUCCGCACAGACGAUGCACGACCUUUCCGAGACCGUAACCCACGCAUUUCCAAAGCGCUGACAUCGCGCUAUGCACCCGCUGUCGGAGCCAGUAUCGCGGGGUUUGCGCUGGGAAUCUGUCCACAGAAUCAGCUCCGUCUGACAGCAGCCAUCUACACGGCUACUCGUAGCUUGGAAUUUCUGUUCAAUGCGCUGGAUGAAAAGGGCUGGUUCAAGAAUCGACCUGGGUGGUUUGGAAGUUGGCUAUUGAUGCCGGUUGCGUGCGCACAGCUCUUCCAUGCCUUUGUGUUUGAUCGUGAAACGACACCCAAGUGGCUUGGAAACGUCGUAUUGAGGCUCUCCUCCAGCUAUGUGCGUGGUCGGCCCGAGUCUUUGCCCUUGGAAAUUCCAUGGCCGGAGAAGGAAGCCGUGGUCGAUUCGCUGGCCAGUAUUGCCAACCUCCGGUGGCCAGCAUUUGCCUCGCCUAUCCUACAUCCAGGAAGCCCAAACACCCUGCCGUCUUCACUGGCAUCCAUCGCACCCAUCACAGGUCCUGCCCAUCCAGCUAUCUCAAGUCUGUCCUGCGCAUUGCUCCACCCGACCAGCCCCAGCUGCAGCACGGCGUUCCUGCAUCAUAUCCUCCUCUCGGUGCCACCCCUUGCCCGUUUCUUAACCACCGUGACUCUAGCCCUAUCUUUACGUAACAUCAAGACCUUAAUGACCGAACCGAUCACAUCAAUCAACAAACUCUCCAAGAAAAUCAUCACGUUGACAGCCAUCCUCUCCGCCUCUAGCGGCUCCGCAUGGGGUAGCAUCUGCCUUUGGAACUGUCUGCUUCCUCGUUCCGUGCUCCCCGCCAAACGUUUCUUCCUCAGUGGCGCACUCGCAGGCGUACCGUUUGCCUUCCUCGGAAACAGCCGCAGCAUCUUCAUGUACUUCUUCCGGGCGGCCGUAGACUCGGCGUGGAAGACGGGUGUCAAGCGCGGAUUGUGGAAAGGCUGGAAAGGCGGCGAAUUGUGCAUCAUCGUGCUAGCGUGGGCCCUUAUGGGAGCUAUUCUCGAGACCCGGCCAUCUGCGGUCCAGGGUCGGGGUGUACGGAAGGCCCUGGCUUGGUUGAAGGGCGAUGGCUUCGCAGACCCGGUGGAGGUUGCCGCGAGAAAGAAGGCUAGGAAAGCGGCGGCGCAGAAGAAGGCAGAGAAUGAGGCAUGA